UCUCUCUCUGACAGAAAUGCUCAAGGACAGGAACAAGCCCACUGUGCCAGCCCGAGGCCCUCGGGGCCGGAAGAGGAAGCCUGGGGAGGUGGAGGAGACAGCCAGCCCCGAGCUGCAGGCGUCCAGCUUGGAGACGUGCAGGGGCCUCCUGAGGUCCAUACUGACCCACUGGGGGCCGGUGUUCCCCGGCCCUGUGCCCGAUCAGGACCCUGAGGACCUAGCCACCCCGCAGAGUGAUGAGGCCAGCCCCAUGUAUGCCGUCGCCACCCUGGUGGUCAGCUGGGUGCUGCGGUCAGCAGCCCAGCACCCGCUGAGCAGGGCUGAGGCCUCAGGCCUCCUCCGCUGGCUUCAGAGCCACAUUGUGCCCCAGCCAGCAGUGGUGGCCGAGCUGCUGAGGGACAGCAGAGUGCGGAGUGGCCUCUUUCAGCUGUACAGCCGGCUCUGUGGCCAGGAAGGGCUGGGGGAGCCCGAGCCUGGUGUGCCCGCCCUGCUCAACAUGGUCAUGCUGCCGCUGGUGGUCGCCCUGUGCCCUGCGGGGACUCCUCUCCCCGCCGCCGUGGAGACCCUCCGCCUGUCUUCUCUGGACCAUGAGGAGGAAGCCACGCGAGCCUCCGCGGCCUUCCUGCUGUCCCUGUACAUCAAGGACGUCUGGCUGGGGGCCCAGCAGCCAGAUGCCCUCCUCACCCACGUCCAGAUGGUGUGUGAUGCUGUGGAGGAUGCUCCGGGUGGUGACCAGGAGGCCAUCGUUGGGCUCUGCAAGGACAUCGCUGCCCUGGCCCCAGACGUGUGACACCCUGCCGGCUGGCGCCUCCGUUUGAGCCACUUUCCAUAGAAGGUGUGCGAGGGACAAGUGUGUGGGCUCAGUUUCCUAGCAAGAAACAUUGACUUUAUUUAUUUGACCAAUAUACAGACUCAAGGGACUGUGACGUGGUCGGUGUUACGGUGGCCGUGGGUCCUUCAGGGCCAUGAGGCCCAUCCAGCAAUGAGUGGGGCCCACCCUUCCUCUCGGGGGGCCGUCCUUCAGAGGGAACACCUCACAGGAGGUAACACUGAGCUCAUGAGGGGUUCCUGUGUUAACGUUAAAGCUGAAACAUCCCCAGUAUGGCACAUAAAAGAGUCUGAACAGAAGUGUUUAAAGCCGUCUCUGUAAGAAGCAACAGCUCUGUGUAACUUUGUAGAUAUAUCCGCUCCUGCCAGUUUAAUUAUUUUAUUAAAUAAAAGGGUGUUGCAGCAGA